GUGCCACCCAGACAGCUGAGCCGGCAUCGAACAUUUCCAUCGUCCAGCUAACGUUAACCCAACGUUAACUCGCAUGUUUAUUAGGGGUCAUUUGGAGGUUGAGCCGGUCCAACGUUUCGUCUGUGUGUCCGCGUGGUGCACUCUUAGGUGACCAGCUUCUUGACCGUUUCCUGCCACAGGCGAACAGCGGCCCCUUAACGGCCCUAACGGGCCCCCCUGUCUCACACUGGUGCCGCGAGGUGCGCCUCCGACCAGGGCCGUUUUCAGAGCCGCUUCUCCAGCGCGGGCGGCCGCGCCUCAUGGUCACAGCCCGCAACUGCGUGGUUCCGCCGAGCAGGACGGUACCCGCCCUCGCGACGCAUCGCGCCAGCUUUAUUCGAGCGCCGACGGGCGAUAGGUGUUCAUCACCAUCACCAAACGUUUCCGAUUAGCACGGGGACGGUCUGCGAUCGUCCGUGCUGCUGCUCAGCCGACAGACCAGCAACAACAAGCCCGCCUUCCUCCGCUUGCACUUAUACCCGAAGCGUCGCACUUCUGCACCUACACACCGUCUGAUUCCCCCAUGCGACUGCGAUAGGACCCCGUCUGUCGCCUCUUGCUGCCACCGCAAUGGGGCUCAUAGGUGGCAUCUCUCCCGGCGGGAGCAUAGCUCUCGGCAUCAUCGUCGGUCUCUUAUCCACGAGUGUUCAGAGCUUGGGCCUCACACUCCAGCGGAAGUCACACAUUCUCGAAGACGAGAAGAUACCCUACGAUGUGCGGCGGCCGCCGUACCGCAGGAGGAGAUGGCAGUUGGGAAUGGCCAUGUUCGUCAUAUCAAACGUGGUCGGCAGCUCCGUCCAGAUAUCCAUGCUCCCGUUGCCGGUUCUGUCCACCCUCCAGGCAUCCGGCUUGGUGUUCAACUCGAUAUGCGCUACACUCAUACUCGGAGAACCCUUUACGAGGUGGUCGCUGUGGGGGACGCUGCUGGUCUGCAGCGGCGCCGUCUUGAUCGCCGUCUUCGGGGCCAUUCCGUCGCCCGCGCACAAGUUGAGCGAGUUGCUGGACCUGCUCGGGAGGCGACCGUUCGUAAUCUGGAUGUCCUUCCAGGCUGUGUUCGUUAUCGGUCUUGCCGCUGCGACCGAGCUUGUGAGCCAGCUUACGACGCUGAUGCAGGAUCCACGCUUCCGGCUUGCGCGCGGCUUCUCGUACGGGUGCAUCAGCGGCACCUUGUCGGCGCAUUCGCUCCUGGUGGCCAAGUCAGCCGUCGAGCUGAUCGUCAGGACGAUCACCGACGGCGACAACCAAUUCGUCCACUGGCAGUCGUGGAUGCUGGUGCUCUCUCUGGUCACCCUCGCUCUCACUCAGCUAUACUACCUCCACCGGGGCCUCAAGCUGGUCUCCACCUCCGUUCUAUACCCACUCAUCUUCUGCAUAUAUAAUAUCAUGGCCAUUCUGGAUGGCCUCAUAUAUUUCCGCCAGACGGACCUCAUUAACCCCUUACGCGCAUGCCUCAUCGCUCUGGGUACCGUCAUCCUCCUCUCCGGCGUUCUCGCACUCUCCUGGCGCCUCAGCGACGAACAACACGCGCCAAGCAUUGGGCAGUCAACGCUUGCACCCGGUCUGGGUCUUGUCGAUGAUACCGAUGGUGAGGAGGAGGAAGAGGAGGUUUCGCUCCGCUCCGGCCUCCUUAAUGGAGGGGAGAGUACGCUGCACACGCAGUCCAGCUAUCAAACGUUUCAACCAUUCCCAGCUCCUGAGGGUCCCGUGUCUCCAUCAGGGCAGCCGACUAGAAGGCAAAGCUCCAUGGCCCGCUCCACGCGGACAACUUCGACACGAUGGGCCGAGCACGCCGAAAUCUGGGACGAACUCGAGGACCGGAGCACGCAGGAGCCAGUGUCCCCAGCAUUUCCCCGACGGCGGUCUACGACACUGCCCGCCCACACAAAUUCCUCGUCGUCGUUAUUGGCGAGGCGGGGAACAGCCGAUUCCCACAACCCUGUGCUGGCCAACAACGACGCCCCAGAAGAGGCUCAGCCCCUCAUCGGCUCACCCAGGAGGCAUUUCAGGAGGAGGCGAAAGUCGACCGGCUUUCCUGGCUUCAAGGCGAGGAAGAGCACGGGGCGGACCACGUCUGGCGGGAUCCAAGACAUGGCGCGCAACAUCUGGGGAAUGAGGUGGUGGGGGAAUAGACCACGGUCGACGGGCCCGUCCGACUUGCCGCGGGCGGGUUCGGUGAGCCGGGCAGGGUUUGCAUAUAGAGAGGACCCGGAGGCGGGACUGGCCGGUCCGUCCUCACAGAGACGGUCGCCGGUGGUGCUCGAUCCGAGGUUACGGGGUAAUAGGCAGGACGACUCGCCAGUUUGAAAUCAAGUCUGCUUUUGUGGUUUCCUUCAGCCUUUGGGUAUGGGCGUAUAGCUUGCUACAGCAUCGGCGCGGCGUUUUAGAUAUGCACAGGACCCAUUGUGGGUAUUCCUUUGUGCUCAGCUCCUGAUUGAAUUAUACCACCCGGCCAGGUUUGGCCGCUCGUUGCGGAACCACCUGGCCCACACUAGAACUCCAGUAUUGCCUG